AAUGUCCAUGAGUUGUCUGAAGAUGGAGUAACAUGUGCAUGCCCCAAAACAUACAAACACACAACAAAUAAAUUUUUAAAAAUGUGUUUAAUGCAUCUAAUAUACUGAGCACCAUAGUGUUGUCCAGCCUAUUUUAAGUAUACUCAGAACACUUAUAUGAGCCAAUAGCUGGGCAAAAUCAUUGAACAGAAAGUCUAGUUUUACAAAGAAGUGUUGACUACCUCAUGUGUUUUAGUAAAUACUGUCUUGAAAGUAAUGUCAUGGGGACCACAGCUAGAACCCCAGCACUCACACCUGAGACAGGAGGACUGUGACUUGAAGCUAGUUGGAACUACACAUUGAGGCCCUAUCUCAAAAACACACACAAACACAGACACGCCCACACCCACAGAGAGAGAGACACGUACAAUUUUGUUGUUUAAGUUGAACUUUGAGAGGAUAUUAGGCAUUUUAUCUGUGUUUGACAUAGGGAUGGGAAUUUUAUUGAUAGUUCUACUCCUCUGUUUUAUGAACAACGACAUUCUUCAGCUGAAUCCUGAAGCUAUAGAGUUGCCUUGGGCGGUCAGUGCCUUAAUUCAAAAGUAGAACAGGAGAGCAGAGAAUGGUCGCUUAGGCCAGAAAACCACUGUCCUUAAAAGCCUGAGGUCUCUCAAGGAGUCCUGGCUCCUGGGCUCAGAGGAUCUGACUGAAUUUCUGUGCUUUUUGCAUUUGUCCGCUAAGAGUUCCUGAGCACUGCGGUAUGCUCUCCCCAGCUCAAUCUGGCCCUCAGGUGGGUUGGCCACCUUCAGUGUAGGAGAAAAAGGGGAACUCACCCACAAGAACCCUCUAGAAAAGAGGAAGGCACAGUUUGUGGGUUGGUUCAAGUGGGAGAGAGAUGCUCAACCUGGGGUUGAAAAAGAGGAACCACAGCUAGGCAGGACCCACCUGGAGGUGAUGGCUGCUGUUGGCCCAAUGAAAGGAGGAUUCAGAAAAGGUGUGUGUGGUAAGUGUGUGUAUGUAUGUGUGAGUGUGUGUGUAUGAGUGUGUGUAUGUGUAAGUGUGGAUGUAUGUGUGUAUGAGUAUUUGUGUGUGUGUAUGAGUGUGUGUGUAUUUGAGUGUGUGUGUAUGUAUGUAUGUGUGUGUUUAUAUGAGUGUAUGUGUGUAUGUAUGUGUGUAUGAGUGUGUGUGUGUAUGUGUGUAUGUGAGUGAGUGUAUGUGUGUUGUGGGAAAAUGUUCCUAAUCCACACUCAGCUCCUUCCAGGGAAGGUAAGUGUGGAGCUGCAGGCGUAAGACUAUGAGAAAACACACCUAACUCCAAUGGCAGCUCUGUUCUAACCUAGAUAUUUGCAGGGAAAUGUAAACCAACAAACCCCAAGGUCUAAGGAGGGGUUAAGAGUGUGUUACCCACAAGAAGUUUGGCCCAGGUGUGGGAAAUCCCUUUUGCUUAAUUCUCUCUUCCCCUCAAAAGGAAGAAGUCAAGGCUGUUCAUUUCUGGCCUUUUUGGUUUCCUAUCUUCAGUGGAGGAGGCGGGAGAAGCUAAAGGUGCUAGAAACAUGGUAGGCAGCUCCUGUGAGGUCUUGAGGUUUUGUCCCAGGGUGUGGAACAGAACCUGAGAUACACCAAGCCUUAAAACCCUUUAUGAGCCCAUUACCCGAGUGUCACUUUCCCCAGCAACAAUGACUCACAAAACUGAGAGUGAUACAGAUUUCCCUUAGCCCUGGAAGGCACAGGUCACAAUGGCCAUUGGGGCUAACCAAGAGGAGUAAUGCCAACAGAAAGCCGUGCUUGGCGCCUGCUCCCGCAGCCGCCGGCUGGGCCCGGCCUGCGUCUCCUGCUGCUAUUUCACUACCUGGACUGGGCCUUCUGGCCUUGGGGCUAGCAGGAACAGGGCAAAGCUUCACUGCCCAUGUGUGUCAUCUGCUUUGUGAAGGCACUAGUGCACGUGUUCAAGAUCUACUUGACAGCAAACUACACUUACAAUUUCCGCGGCUGGCCGGUGGACUUCCGCUGGGAUGACGUGCAUGCCUCCGGCUCUGGCAGCAGUCAUCGAGCCUUGACAUGUGCUGCAGCUGCAGCAGGUGUGUGGCUGCUACAUGAUGCAGCACUGGGCGCGGACACACUCACAAGGUCUCCACGUGGGGCUCGGAGCCAAGCACAGUGCCUCCUUCAGCAGAUCCGUGAGCUGCCCAGCCAACUCGCCAGCUAUGCGCUGGCCCACUCCCUGGGCCGCUGGCUUGUAUACCCUGGAUCUAUGUUUUUGAUGACGCGCGCGCUAUUGCCUCUUCUGCAGCAGGGCCAAGAACGCCUAGUGGAGCGCUACCGUGGGCGGCGUGCCAAGCUGGUGGCUUGCGAUGGCAAUGAGAUUGACACGAUGUUCAUGGAUCGUCGCAAGCGUCCAGGCAGCCAUGGCCGUGGCCUGCGACUGGUUAUAUGUUGUGAAGGCAAUGCUGGCUUCUACGAGAUGGGCUGUCUGUCCGCACCUCUGGAGGCUGGAUACUCAGUGUUAGGUUGGAACCACCCUGGUUUCGGGGGCAGCACAGGAGCACCUUUUCCUCAACAUGAUGCAAAUGCAAUGGAUGUGGUCAUCAAGUAUGCAUUGCACCGCCUGAACUUCCCGCCAGCACACGUUGUGGUUUAUGGCUGGUCUAUUGGAGGCUUCACAGCCACCUGGGCCGCUAUGACUUACCCAGAACUAGGUGCACUGGUGUUGGAUGCCACCUUUGAUGAUCUGGUGCCACUAGCGUUGAAGGUCAUGCCCCACAGUUGGAAAGGAUUGGUGGUACGUACUGUAAGGGAGCACUUCAAUCUCAAUGUUGCUGAGCAGUUAUGCUGCUACCCAGGCCCAGUUCUGUUGCUUAGACGCACCCAAGAUGAUGUUGUCAGCACCUCGAACCAUGUAGCUACUCUGCCAUCCUGUCCAGGGGAAGGCGAUGUGGAAGGUAACCGUGGCAAUGAGCUGCUCCUGCGCCUGCUACAGCACCGAUACCCGUCCGUGAUGGCCCGCGAGGGCAGCACGGUGGUAACCCGUUGGCUGCGCACCAGCAACUUGGCUCAAGAAGCUGCAUUCUACGCGCGCUACCGCGUUGAUGAGGAGUGGUGUCUGGCAAUGCUGCGUUCUUAUCGUGAGCGCCGCCAGGAGGAGAUGGAUGAUGCUGAGGCCUGGGGACCACACGGACCUACUUUCCCCUGGCUUGUGGGUCAAGGCCUGAGUGCCCGGCGGCGCCGGCAGCUUGCACUGUUCCUAGCACGCAAGCACCUCAAAAACUUGGAGGCAACACACUGCAGCCCACUGGAGCCUGAGGACUUUCAAUUGCCCUGGGGACUGUAGCUAUUGUUUAUGGGACUCACGAAUUUGGGCAGUUUACACUUUUCAGCUCCCAUCAACUGUUCCUCUCCUUACACCCCUACAGAAAAGCUGGCCCGACUGGGGAUUUUGGUGUCUGAGAGAGUGGGCAAGUAUAUAUUGGACUGUACUUGUCUUCACUUUUUUUUUCUGUUCUCCGCCACUUCUCUCCUUUCUCUUCCUCCCACACAUGAAUGCCUGUGUCUAGUUCUUGAAGGAAUGUAAAGGUGAAACCUGACCCAAUUUUUUGGUAAUGUGAUGUCUGAUAGUGGGAGGCCAGGGAGGCUGUGGGGCUACAGGAGGUGCCUUUCACAUGGCUUGGACUGCAGGGUAGCUCCUGAGAAGAGGACACCAGCCAAAUAUUCAAGUAGUUCCUAGUGAAAGGAAAAUACUAGCUGGGCGGUGGUGGCACAUGCCUUUAAUCCCAGCACUCAAGAGACAGAGGCAGGCAGAUCCCUGUGAGUUUCCGGGCCAGUCCACUCUACAGAAUGAGUUCCAGGACAGCUGAAGCUAAACAGAGAAACCCUAUUUGUAAAAGCGAAAAGAGAGAGAGAGAGAGAGAGAGAGAGAGAAAAGAAAAAAGAAAAGAAAGUAAGGAGAGUACCAGCCACUACUGACACUUGUAGGACCUCCUUGCUAGCAGAUCUCAGCAGUUACAGUGCCCCCUUCUCAUUUCCCUUCUAUGAAGAGAGAUCCAUAGAGGGGCCAUAGACUUAGAGUAAUAGCCCACAGGGUAGCCUGGAUCCCAGAGAUCCUGAAUGAUUGCUUGUUACUUGGGCCAGACCUGGGUUAGGUCUGGGCCUUGUUCAUGGCUCAAGGAUGAAAAGCAGCAAGGUGGUGGUGGCGGCGCAUGCCUUUAAUCCCAGUACUUGGGAAGCAGAGGCAGGCGGAUCUCUGUGAGUUUGAGACCAGCCUGGUUUACAAGAGCUAGUUCCAGGAUAGGCUCCAAAGCAACACAGAGAAACUCUGUCUCGAAAAACCAAAAAAAAAAAAAAAAAAAGAAUGAAAAGGAGAAGAUGGGCAUGGUGGUACAUGCCUUUAAUCCCAGCAUUUGGGAGAUGGGCAGAUGGAUCUCUGUGAGUUUGAGGACAGCCUGUUCUAUGGAGGGAGUUCCAGGACAGCGUUAUACAGAAAAACCUUGUCUCAACCUCCUCCAACCCCCACAAAACAAAACGAACAAACAAACAAAACCCUGCAAAACAGAGCAAGUCUUCAGCUCACCACUAUCUGUCCUGUACUCAUUACAUGGAGUAGAGACUACUGACUGCUGACUGUUCAUGCCAUUUCCAGCCCUGUGGACAGUGGCCGACCAGGCUGGGUUAAUCAAGACAGUAAAUGGAGAAGAUAUAUUAAUGGAUAUCUCUGAACAGGAUACUGUCAUAAUCAGUGAAGCACCCAGUCCUGUGCAAGAAGACACCUGUAGGGAGAAGAGCCAGAGAAGGGAGGGACAAUGGGAAGCUUCCAGAAAGCUGCUCACAGGGAAGUUCAACUUUGUAGGAGACUCAGUUCUGGAAGGGGGAGGGAGAUAUCAUUUAAGGACCUUUCUUCCAGGAAACUAAAGGCCAAAAGAAACCGUGAGAGUAGACAGCUGCCCAGUGGUCACAGCUCCCUCAUCUGAAGUUGGAGGAACUUUCCCCCGUUAGUGUUGACACACUAACACCACAAGAACGUCAAAACUCUGGAGGGAUCUUUGGAAAAUUACUUUAGCCUCAGUUUGCUCACCUGAAAACUGGGAGGAGGCGCCAGCGCUGUGAAAAGAGAGAAAACACUUGGGUACGUGCACAGGACUGGGCUUCAGUUACUGGGAGGGUCCACCGGCCCCUGCUAUGUUCGGGGCUCUGUGAACUCUUCCAGUACCAGACGCCUCCGUCUGGAGAGAGCGGCGCCUGCAGGGCAAGGGGAUGAAUCGCGCUUUCUCUAUUUUUACUGCAACCCCCAGACAAUAAAAAUGUCUUCAUAAAGAGGCUGAAAAUACAACUUAAUUCGUAGAGUGCUUGCUUAGCAUGCAUUAAGUUCUGGAUUCUCGAUUCCCCAGUACUGUGUAAAUCGGCUGUGAUAGCUCACUCCUGUAAUCCUAGCACUAGGGAGGUGGAGGUUGGAGGGUCGUUAAAUUCAAGGUCAUUUUUAUCCAUGUAGUCAGCUGUCUCAAAAAUCAAAAUCAAAAACUAAAAGAAAUUCUCGGAGACAGGGAGAGGUUGACUGCGGGCUGGGGGGUGAACAGGCCUGAGUUUGACCCGCCGAGGUGCUCGGUAGAGGGGCUCGUGGGUAGCCGAGGACAUGAUGGGGUGAA